UCUCUUCGCCGAGUUUUCUCUCUCUCUCUCUUCGUUUUUCUUUUACUUUCUUUCUCGCGAGAUCGCUGGGAAAUUUUUACGAAAAACCCCCUCGUCACCAGUUGGAUUCUUUAUAUAAAUUUUUUUUUUGCAGUUUUGCAUUUUAGUCCAGAAAAAUAAAAAAUUAUUUCUCAAGCUAUGAAACCACCAGAGCAGUCGGAAACCCUAGAGGAACUCGCAUCGGAGAACGAAGCAGAGGAGGAACCCCAAACCCUGGAGUCCCAAAUCGAGGAACCAGUGUCUAGGGUUCUUCAAUCUGGAACCCUAGGAACGGUGGGUUCCAAUCCGGCGUUUUUGGUUGGGAAUUUCGUUUGGGGGAGGGUGAGAACUCAUCCAUGGUGGCCGGGGAGAGUUCGGGACCCGGAGCUUGCUGUGGCGGCCAAGCGCGCUGUGCGGAAGGCGCCGAACUCCGUCUUCGUCUCCUACUUCGGUGAUGAAUCCUAUGCUUGGUGUCAACCUAUGCAUUUGAAGCCAUUCAAGCAGGAGUUUGCGCAAAUGAUGGCGCAGAGCGUUUCUAAGGGCUUUGUGAGUGCUGUGCGGAGUGCUUUGGAGGAGAUUGGGAGGUGCGUGGAGGUGGAAAUGGCUUGCGGUUGUGUGGAUAUUGAGAUUCCUGAUGGGUUUUUGAAGCAAGGUAGUAAGGAGUUUGCAAUCACUGCUUAUGCUCCGGCGGAGUUUCUGCAGCUUGUUAGGGAUGUUGCGAAGAACUGUAUGGUUGUUGAUAUGCUUGAGAUUACAGUGCUUCGGAGUUGGAUGUUUGCAUUUAACCGGAAAUCUGGUCAUCAGCGAUGCGGCGUUGUUGAUUUGGUUGAUAAGUGUGAUCUUGAUGCGGAGAAUGAUGGAAUGGAAGAUUCUUGGAUUGAUGCACCGAGGAAGCCGGAGAUCAGUGAGGAGAAGUAUAAGAGGAGGAAGGAGAGGAGCAUGGCAAAGCUCAUUGCGGAGAUGGAUUUAAAUGCUGUUGAGGUUAGUGAUGAUGUUGAUAGUGUUGUUGAGGAGGAAGAGAAUGACAAUGAUGUUGUUGUUGAGGAAGAAGAGAAACAUGAGGUGGAGGAGAAAAAUGAUAAUGAUGAUGUUGAAGAAGAAGAGAAGCAUGAGGAGGAAGAGAAGGGUAAUGAUGUUGUUGAGGAAGAAGAGAAGAAGCAUGAGGAGGAUGAGAAAGCGAAUGCUAAGGUUGUUGUUGACAGUGGUGUUGUUGUCGGCGGAGAAGGGACUGGGUCGGGUAAGAGGGAGAGGAAGAAGAGCAAAUACUUAUCAUACCCGUAUGCGCAUUUGAGUGGUAUUCAUGGAAAGCAGUCAGUUUUUCUUCUCGGGGAUUUUGAGGUGAAAACAUCGAAGAAGGCUAGUUACAGUUCUUCAACUAAGCUCGCUGGCUCUGUUGCAGAAGUUGAUUUAUCUGAUAAGGAAGAGGACCAGAAGGAUCUUGUGUCUAAGCUUGAAAGCAUUUCGACAAGUGAGAUUUUAUCAGAGUUUUUGGCAGCUGCUAGGGAUAGUCUUCACUUGAAAUGGAACAGGAGUGCAAAAACAGUCCGGGGGUUCUUUGCUGGUUAUAGGAGUGCAUUUUACUCUGAAAGUUCUGAUUUUGAGGCUCACCAGAAGAAACUAGCUGAAUGUGGCUGCUUGGAUAGGAAGAUCACCGAUGAUGUGAAGAGUAAUCAGUCAAAAGAAGGUGAGUCUGAUAGGAAUAGCAAGAAGAGAAAAGGUGGGAUAAAUGGAGAGACAAAAGUAAAAUCUUUAACAAAGAGAAGAAUGAAGAAAGAUGGAAUCGAAACCGUUGCUCCUGUAGAGCUUGAACAUGAUGCGUUGGGCGGUUCAGACAAAGCUAGAACUCCGCAGAAGAGAAUGAAGAAGAAUGAGACAGCUUGUGUUGAAACUUCAUUAGAUCUAGCCAUUCCAAAGAGGAACAGUUCUGGUAAAACACAGAAAAAAAAGGCCAAGCAGAGUGAAGAUAGUGAAGAGACUUUGUUGAAUGUAGGUCAUCCUAAGAGCAAUCUUACUGCUCCAAGUUUAAACCAGUUAAAGAAGCAGAUGAGGAUUGAAGGUACCAAUGUUCAAACUGUGGCUCAUGUGCCUGUUGAGACAAUGAAUAAUUCAGAGGAAGCUAAAAAGUCGAUGAUAGUGCUUACCAAUGGGAAACCUUCUACAGAUGUAGAUGAGGAACUUCUUGAUUCUCCUAAAGUUGAGAAAUCUAGGAAAAAAAGGAGAAAAAUCAAAGCAGAUCUGGAUUCCAAAGCUCGGACUGAUUUGAAUCUUGAUGCUUCCAAUGGUUCUGGUGAAUCACGGAAGAAGCAGAAGAAAACAGAUGAAAAUAACUCUGAAGGUCCUGCGGCGCUGCUGUUAUCAUUCACUCCCGGUGUUAAUCUGCCUUCGAGAGACGAGAUUGUGGCUGCCUUUAGCAAGUAUGGCAGUUUGAAUGAGACUGACACCGAAGUGAUGAAGGAUUCUGGCUGCGCUCGCCUUGUUUUCAUGAAAAGUUUGGAUGCUGAAAAUGCUUUGCAUAGUCGGGACAAAACCGGUGUCUUUGCACCUCCAAAUGCUAGUUACCGUGUUCGGUAUCUGCCAGUAAAUCCAAGCUCUCCAAGCUCUCCUCCAUCGUCAGCAGCCGCAGCAAAUCUCAUACCCAAUCGCCCGCUUCCUUACAUCAGGAAGAACCUUGAGCAAAUGAUAUCGACUCUAACAAGCCCUUUAGUGUCAGAUAAAGAUGCAGGAUCAUCUGAUGAGUUGAAACCAGACGCGAAAGAAAAUCUGGUCGGUGAGAUGCAGGGACUCCUUGAGAAGGUUAACAAGCUGCUCAACGGACCUCCGGCUGGUUCUUCAUCUUAGUCCAGCCAGUGACUUGUGAAUUUAGCUAACUCUUUGGCAUGUCUUCCUUUAUCUAUGCUAGCUGUAUGAAUUGAUAAAGAGCUCUGCUCACUUUUAUUUAUCAAAAACAUAGAUAACAGGAAGAUUGAGUGGACAGUUCUUCAUGUUA